AUGUGGCCGUUUGUCCAUUCGGUGAUGUUAAGUCUGCUGCUUCACGUCCCGGCCCACUGCAACAUCCGAUCUAGCAGUGGCCAGGUUGCCCACCCCAAACCGGUUGCUGGGCUGGAACAUAUGCAAAACGGCCCAGGUAAUGGAAAGCUGACCCCGUGA